UGACGCCAUCUUGCGGCGCGGCGCGGGGCCCGGCAGCAUGGCGGAGGCGGAGGCGGAGGCGGCGGCCGAGGCGGAGCGGGCGGGGGCGCCGCGGGUGGGCGCGUGGCUGGCGGUGCGCGUGGAGCAGGCGCUGGGCGACACCCUGCUCGUCACCCUCAGCUGCGGGCAGCGCCGCUUCGCGGGGGUGCUCAUCGACUGCGACAGCAAGUCUGGGCUCUUCUGUCUUCCGUCCUCCCUCCCGAAGCAAGAGGAGCCUCCUGCCAGCGCCUGCGCUAACGGGGUUGCCAACGGCGGAGACGCUGCGCGGGGCGAGACGGAGCCGCAGCCCGAUGCUGGGAAGCCCCCCAGGGGCAGCGGGGAUGAGCAAGUGCCCCCGCUCCUGCCCCCGCCCGGCACCAUCCCUCCCUACCCGCCCUACUUCGAGGGAGCUCCCUUUCCUCGCCCGCUGUGGCUGCGGCACACGUACAACCAGUGGGUACCACAGCCACCGCCGCGGACUAUAAAGAGGACGAGGAGGCGUUUGUCGCGGAACAGAGACCCGGGAAGGCUCAUCAUGAGCACCAUCAGGCUGCGGCCCAGGCAGGUGCUCUGUGAGAAGUGUAAAAACACCCUGAACCCCGAGGAGGAAAACACGGCGAGGCAGAACGCUAAAACGAGGAGGAAGCUGAACAGUCAGGACAAAGAGCAGAAAAAGCACAGUGACUCCGACUACGCGGAGAAAAGGAACAAAAGAGAAAAGAGAGAGGACGAGAAAUUUUCUGGGGAGCUAGUGCACCGAACACCGGUCAUAAAGAUAUCCUACAGUACUCCGCAAGGAAAAGGCGAGGUGGUAAAAAUCCCUUCCCGGGUCCACAGCUCAGUCAAACCGUUCUGCCCGGAGCGAGUACCGCAGAACGGAGAGGAGGACCAAGAGGAGAUCCCAGACUCUGAGCGAUGUCAAGAAACCAAAUGUUUAACGGACAAGUCGGCAGGCAGCCAGCUUGCUUCCAUUCCAAAGCUGAAGCUGACGCGGCCGGUGCAUUCCAGCGCGGAUGUUCCACCUCCAAAGAUAAGGCUGAAGCCCCAUCGCAUAAAUGACGGUCAGAACGUUUCAAUUUAUAAAGCAGAACUUAUUGAUGAAAUAAACGUCCUUCAGAACAGCAGGGAGACCAACCCUGCUGCCUUUUACAACGAGGAAUCCACAGACAGGGGGUUAGCUGAGAUCUCUUCAGGGAGUUCGGGAGAAGACGAUGACUUCAAAAGGUUUCCGCAGGGCAAAGAUGGACACGAUAACCUGGCUUUCCUCAUGAAUUACCGGAAAAGAAAAGCAGACUCUUCUAGUUUAUCGGUGUGUAGUAACGACAGUCUAGAUGAAUCCAAGUCCUCUAGUUCAGAAGUAACAUCACCAGAAAUAUGUGACUUUUUGCCUGGUGAUGACGCGUCUGUCUCUUCAUCUUCAAAAGAUGAGCGUAAAAUUGUGCCCCCCUUAACAGUUAGGCUGCAUACCCAGAGCGUGUCUAAAUGCGUCACCGAGGAUGGAAGAACUGUUUCAGUGGGGGACAUUGUUUGGGGUAAAAUUCACGGAUUUCCGUGGUGGCCGGCACGUGUUCUUGACAUAAACCUUAGCCAGAAGGAAAACGGGGAACCUUCAUGGCGAGAAGCGAAAGUGUCAUGGUUUGGUUCUCCAACGACUUCGUUCUUAUCUGUUUCAAAACUCUCUCCUUUCUCUGAGUUUUUCAAACUGAGAUUUAAUCGCAAGAAGAAAGGGAUGUAUCGGAAAGCUAUCACAGAAGCUGCGAAGGCAGUAGAGCAUCUGACUCCAGAAAUAAGAGAUCUCUUAACACAGUUUGAAACAUAACUUUGUCGCCAGUAUCAGGUAACAGAAGAUAAGAGCACAGCUGUUCUCCUAGAGUGUCACGAAGUCUGUAAACAUCCUGACUUGCUCCCCAGGAGAAUCUGGAGGUUGCCACGCGCAGACAGGAGGACGGGUUUCCUUGUCAGAUUGCUCUGCUUACCAUCGUGAAAGGUGACAGGCACUGGGACGUGGAGCUAGGCGGCUCUUCUGGCGUGAGGCUGGCAGGAAAGGUCUUAAGGAUCCCUUAACCUAAGAUGAGAAUUUGACAAGUCAUACAGCAAUGAAGUAGGAGAACAGCAAAAACCACAACUUGGAAUGUAUUUAUUACCUAAAAGUUAGCUAUUCUUGAUAAAACCCCCAAAAUUAUUGCUGCUGCUUUAUUUUACUUACAGAUUUCACAAACUUGUUAAUUUUAAAGCUACCAAACUUUUACUCAAUACUGUAUUCUGAGAAAUGUAAUUGGAGCAGGACAUGCAAUAGAAUGGAAUCAUUGUAGUGUCUUAAGUACAAUGGACUCACUUUUGUGUCUAUUAAAACUUGGAAAAUGUGCAACAC